AUGGUAAUUAAACUUUUACUUGCUGUUGAAAAAUACGUACUAUCUAAUUUACAAAAUAUUUUAGAUGCUCGAAAUUGGAUCGAAAGUAAAAGAACAUUGAUAUCAAAGUAUUCUUCUGAUCAAAUUUUAAAUAGCGAUCAUUGUUCAUUUCAAAAAGAAUAUGCCUCUCCACUAACUCUUUCUUUCACUGGUGAAAGAACAACAGAAGUGGCUAUUAAAAGAAACCACAAUGUCACUCAUUCUUGUACAGUGCAACCUGUUACAUCAGCUGCUGGUCGAUUACUGAACAAAUUCUUACUUGUUCUUCAAGAAAGAGAAGAUGAAUUUGACAGUAUAGUGAUAAAAAAUAUGAUUAUUCCACCAAAUGUUAUAGUACAAGCCUCAAAAUCCGGAAAAAGCACUGCUGCAAACCAUUAUAUAUUUUUAAGUGAUGUACUACAUCCUUGUGUACAUAAAAAAUUUCUUCUCUUCCUUGAUUCUUGGAUAAUUCGAACUGAUCAAAAUAAAUUUCGAAAAGUAUUUCCACAUCAAGACAGUCAACUAUUGAUUUUUCCCGAAGGAUCAACUGGUCAUAUUCAACCACAAGAUUUAUCAUUACUUCGUUUAUGGCGAUAUUUCCACAAGAAAAUCGAACACAAUUGA